GUUGGAUUGCAAUCAUUUCUUCAUAUUUUUGUUUUUGUUAUUGCUGGUGCUGUUGAUCAGCCGCUCCCCGGUCGAAUUACGCGGACAAUGUAUGAAGGAAGGUGAGGUCACAGAUGGUGGAGGGCCGAUCCGAAGAACCUAGCGUGGAUGCCGAUGAGACUGGCGUUCGGGAACUCUACGCAAAUGGGAUUUGCAUGAAAACAUCGGAGGUCGAAGCCAAACUCGACGAGGGAAAUAUUCAGGAGGCAGAGUCGUCCUUGCGCGAGGGCUUAUCGCUUAAUUAUGAGGAAGCGAGGGCCCUUCUGGGAAGAUUGGAGUAUCAAAGAGGCAAUCUAGAGGGUGCACUUCAUGUUUUUGAUGGCAUUGAUCUUCAGGCUGCCAUACAGCGAUUGCAACCUUCUCUUUCUGAAAAACCUUUUGCGAAAAAGAGUCGCACACGUGACGAUUCUCAACAUUCUGUUUCCCAGCAUGCUACCAACCUAGUUCUUGAAGCAAUAUACUUAAAAGCCAAGUCGCUUCAAAAGCUUGGAAGAUUAAAUGAGGCUGCUAAUGAAUGUAAAAGUGUGCUUGAUGCUGUGGAGAACAUAUUCCAACAGGGUAUACCAGAAGUCCAAGUGGAUGGUAGGUUGCAAGAGACAGUUAGCCAAGUUGUUGAGCUCCUCCCAGAGCUUUGGAAGCAGGCUGAGAACUAUCAAGAAGCUGUUUCUGCUUAUAGACGUGCCCUACUUAAUCAGUGGAGCUUAGAUAAUGAUUGUUGUGCACGAAUUCAGAAAGCAUUUGCAGUUUUACUGCUGCACAGUGGAGUGGAGGCUGGGCCACCAAGUUUAGGCUCUCAAAUUGAGGGUUCAUUUGUACCUAAAAAUAAUUUGGAAGAGGCUAUUCUGCUUUUGAUGAUUCUUGUGAGGAAAAGUGAUCUUGGUAAGAUCAAAUGGGAUCCAUCGGUCAUGGAGCACCUAACCUUUGCACUGUCUCUCUCCAGCCAAACUUCUGUUCUAGCAAAGCAAUUCGAAGAGAUCCUACCUGGCGUAUUUCACCAUGUUGAUCGUUGGAAUAACUUAGCACUAUGUUACAGUGGAGCAGGACAAAACAGAACUGCCUUGAACCUACUGCAGAAGUCUCUACAUAAACAUGAACGACCUGAUGACCUUAUGGCAUUGUUGUUGGCUGCCAAGAUCUGUAGCGAGGAUUCUCAUCUUGCUGCUGAGGGAGUGGGAUAUGCCCAUAGGGCAAUCAAUAAUGCCAAAGGGAUAGAUGGGCAUUUGAAGGGUGUGGGUCUUCGUGUCUUAGGCCUUUGUUUAGGGAAGCAGGCUAAAGUUUCUUCCUCUGAUUUUGAAAGGUCCCAUCUUCAGUCUGAGGCAUUAAAAUCAUUAGAUGGCUCAAUUUCCUUUGAGCAGUGUAACCCUGAGCUCAUUUUUGAAUUAGGAGUUCAAUAUGCAGAGCAGCGGAACUUGAAUGCUGCUUUGCGCUAUGCGAAGAAAUACAUCGAUGCAACAGGUGGUUCCAUAUUAAAAGGUUGGAGAUUGCUUGCUCUAGUUUUGUCUGCUCAGCAGCGAUUCUCAGAGGCCGAGGUGGUCACUGAUGCUGCCUUAGAUGAGACUGCCAAAUGGGAGCAAGGACCACUGCUCAGGCUGAAAGCCAAACUAAAGAUCUCCCAAUCAGAACCCACAGAUGCUAUUGAAACUUAUCGUUACCUCCUUGCAUUGGUUCAAGCCCAAAGAAAAUCUUUUGGUCCUGUUCAAAGUGCUUCUGAGGUUGAGGAUGAUAAAGUGAAUGAGUUUGAAGUUUGGUAUGGUCUUGCAAAUCUGUACUCUAGCCUUUCACAUUGGAAAGAUGUGGAGAUAUGUCUGGGAAAAGCAAGAGCCUUGAAACAGUACUCUCCAGAGUUGAUGCACAUAGAAGGGGCUAUGUGUCAAGAACGAGGACAAACUCGAGAAGCGCUGUCUUCGUAUAUAAAUGCUGUUUUAUUGGAACCAUCUUAUGUUCCUUGUAAAGUAUUAAUUGGUGCUCUACUGUCCAAAAUUGGUGUGAGCGCAUUACCUGUGGCAAGAACCUUUCUCUCUGAUGCAUUGAGGAUUGAACCCACCAAUAGGAAGGCUUGGUAUUACCUGGGUAUUGUUCACAGGAAUGAUGGACGGAUAGCCGAUGCCACAGAUUGUUUCCAAGCUGCUUCAAUGCUUGGAGAAUCAGAUCCAAUAGAGAGCUUUAGCUCUAUUAUUUGACUCACUCCCAUGAGUUAAAGUUAAAUCCUUGCGUUUCAGAUGUUCAGUGGUAUACACAAUUGCAGCCCCCAGCGUACAAGGUUUAUAAUCUGUUCCAUUGACAUUUUUUUUCUUUAUUUAAUAUCACUCUUCGAAUGGUCAUAAAAAAGGGACCAAGUUGAGUGAGUUAUUGCAAUUCUUGGAAAAUAAAAUCAGAGGGCAAAAGAAGACCAGGCUAUUUAGUGAAAUUGUAGGAUAAGCUGUUUGGUGGUCGUCUUACAUGUAUUGCUUAGCCUGCAUUUGGCAUCUGCUGUACAAAUGUAUGUUAUUUACUAGAGCAACUGUAGUUUGGCAUCAGCUGUGUAAAUGUUAUCUUU